ACUAAAAAAUCGGCCCCAAACACCUUAAAAUGAAAUAAGCAAAUGAGCUUUUCUCCGGGAACGUUCGCCUGCAACUCUCCUCACCAGGCGAGGAUUAGAAUGAUCAAAUCGCUUAAAAUCCCCCUUGGGAAUUGGUUCAUGGCACCUCCUACUCGAUUCCGGUUCCUCUGUACGCUGCGAAGCACUACUGCAACCCUCACCGUUCUCCCCACCGACGGUGCAAACCCCGCCGAGUGCCACCUGAAGCACUUAACGAAUCAUCUCCGGUAUGGAUGGACGGAGGCAGCCCUAAAACUGGCCAAAACCCUAAUUCAUUCCCAUCGGGAUCUCUUCCCUUCUCCCAUCCAUCUCUAUCAAUCACUCGCCAUGAACUGCCCCGCAGUCUCCUCCCAAGCUGCCUCUCUGGUUGUUUCAGCCUGUGCGCAACUCCGCCUUGGCGAUGAAGGCCUCCAUCUUAUAUCUCUACUGUCCACCGAUCGCCGGGAACACUUUCCCUCUAUCUUCUCUUGCAAACAGUUCCUGGAGACCUUAGUUUCAGACCGUCGCUACUCCGAUGUGUUAUCUUUGUUCUCCCAGAUUCUUACAGUCGGUGUUCGACCCGAUAUUUUCACCUACAAUAAAGCAAUUGAAGCGACCGUGAAGAUGGGAGACGUGUAUGGAGCGCUUCAAUUGAUGAACCAGAUGGAUAAGAAUGAUGGGAUUCAUCCAAAUGCUUUCACUUUCAAUGUUUUGAUUUCCGGUAUGUGGAAGGAGCGGCGGACAGAAGAUGCUAAAAAGCUGUUCGAUGAUUUGCUGAAGCGCAAGGUGUUACCGAAUCUUGUUACCUACAAUACAAUGAUCGAUGGGUAUUGCAAGAUUGGGGAUUUAGAUGAGGCUUUUAGGGUUCGGGACCAAAUGAGGGAUGGUCUUGUUGAGCCAAAUGUUACCACAUUCAAUUCUCUGCUUUGGGGACUGUGUCAUGCUGGUAGGAUGGAUGAGGCUGAGGAUUUGUUGGUGGAAAUGAAAAUCAAAGGCCUGACUCCUGAUGGAUUCACUUACAGUACUCUUUUUACAGGGUAUUUGAGUUCUGGUAAGAAAAAAAACUCAAUUGAUCUUUUUGAAGAGUGUGUUAGAAAUGGCGUGCAGCUUGAGCCACAUUCCUGUGGAGUUUUGCUGAGUGGACUUUGCAAGACUGGAAAUGUCUCGAAAGCAGUGGAGGUCCUGGGAAGGAUGAUGAACAUGGGUUUAGUUCCAACUACUGUAAUAUACAAUUCUAUCAUAGAUGGUUACUGCAGGAUUGGGGAUAUGCAUGGAGCCUUCUCAGCAUUAAAGACGAUGAAAUCUUUGGGAUUGAAGGUUAACCACAUAACAUACAACUCACUGAUUAAUGGAAUGUCCAAGUUGCAGAGGAUGGCAGAUGCAGAGAAGUUACUGGAGGAGAUGAAAGAGAACGGGGUGUCUCCUACGAUAGAGACGAUGAACACUUUACUUGAUGCAUAUUCUCGAGCCGGUCAAUUCACAAGAUGUUUUGAGAUUAUUGAGGAGAUGGAAGAAAAAAUGUGUCUCAAACCUAAUGUUGUCUCUUAUGGAUCUCUAAUAAAUGGGUUUUGCAAGUGUGGAAAGCUUCAUGAGGCAGAAGCUAUCUUUGAAGAUAUGUUGAUCAGAGGUAUCAAGGUUAAUGAAAAGAUAUACAACAUGCUUAUUGAUGCAUACAGUACUAAUGGCAAUUUGACGAAGGCCGACAUGUUAAUUCUUGAGAUGAAGAAGGUUGGUGUUUGUCCAAGCAUUGUUACAUAUAAUUCUCUCAUUAAAGGUCUCUGUGGAAGAGGACGCUUGUCUCGCGCUGAAGAACUAAUCAGCGAGCUAAGAAAUGAGGGUGUGAGCCUUGAUGUCAUCACAUACAACACAUUGAUGGCUGCAUAUUGCAAUUCGAACGAUAUUCAGAGAGCUAUUGAUUUAUUCAAAGAGAUGGAAAAGGUUCAAAUCAAACCCAAUUUGGCCAGUUAUCAAAUUUUGGUAAGUAAAAUGUGCAUGGAUGGAAGAAUACAGGAUGUUGAUGAUCUAUAUCAGGACAUGUUACAGAAUAACAUUAACCUUGACAAGCAUCUGUAUAGCAUUAUGAUAUCUGGUUAUGCCGGAAUCGGAAAUCAGUCUAUGGUGCUUACCCUGCAGGAAGAGAUGAAGAAGAGUGGAAUAACCCUUGAUGAAAUGGGCCAUAAUUCCAUUGAAGAAAGCAGGGGUGCUGAACGCCAGAUAUGAGUCAGGGUCCAAUGUGAAGUUUAUAUGCUGAUAACAUAUAAUUUCAUGCAUGUUAGUGCCUCAUGAGCUUGUUUCCAAUGCCUCUAUUAUCCAUUCUGAUACUUGACUAUCGUGAUACUUGGAUUAUGAGGAGAAUGGUUGGAGAAGUACUUGCUCUCUUAGGUACCAUUUGGGGCAUUUUUUUACGUGUAUCACGUUUUCAAAACGCCGACGGAUUGUUUGAUUAUUGCGUUCGGUGGGCGGAUCUGGAAACGCGCGGGCGAGAUAGGAGUUAUUUUUGAAUGAUCGCGGUCGCGGGAUCGACUAUUCAGUCCGAGUUUCUUUACAGAUAAUUACCCUGCCGCCCUUUCAAUCUCGAACCCGCGUCUCUCUCCUUGCCCUAGCUCUGCGAUCAAUCUCCCUCCCCAACACCUCUCCUGCCCUUAGCAUUGCUUUUCUUAUCUCCCUUGUCACUCGGUGCUCCGGUUAUGUUUCUCUGUAAGUUCCAACUAUUUUUGGCUUUGUGUUGGAGUUCAUUAAACGUAGUUCGGGACAUACGCCGUAUGAAUUUUAAAAUGAAUAUUAUCAUUUAAAAAGAAUGCUAAUUAUUUUUGUCC